AUGGCGGAGAGAGAUUCGGAAGCACGAGUUCAUUUCUCGACAAUCAAAUACAUUCACCAAGCAGGUUAUCGCCUCAAGUUAAGUUCUGUAACCAUAGCAACUGCAUCUGUAAUAUAUCACAAAUUCUUCCGUGAGAAUUCCUUAAGUGAUUUUGAUACUUAUUUAAUUGCUGCUACCUCCUUGUAUCUGGCUGGAAAAGUUGAAGAAGAACAUCGUAAAAUUCGUGACAUCGUAAAUGUUUGCUACAGAACUCUUCAUAAAAGCAAAUCACCUUUAGAUAUUGGAGAAACGUUCUAUGGACUUCGAGAUGCUGUAGCCAAUUGUGAAUUGUAUAUUCUACGAGUUUUACGCUUCAAAGUAGCUUUUGACCAUCCACAUAAGUACCUUCUCCAUUAUUUGAAAGCUUUACAUGAUUGGUUCCAACCUUAUUGUCAAUUAUCUAUCUGGGGUUUCAAUGCUAUGGUCUUGAGGUACCACACAAUCGAUCUGCACAUACCAAAUGGUGGACAGUAUUUUCAGAAGACUUGA